CAGACACUCACAGCAGUUUCCUGAGUGAUUCACUCGCUCCGCUUGAACUCUGCUCUCUGAUUGGACGGUUUCUGUCAGUGGUGACGUGACUCUGUGGCCGGUCGUGGUCACUGUGGACCCAAAGAGGCGACUGGACGUGCCUGACAGGAGAGUGUGACCGCAGACUCCGAGGUCAGGCUGAGACACGAUCCACCCACGCUGAGUCAGAGUCGAGCUGACAUCACCUGAGCUGCUGGAACAACAAUAGCAACCAGACUGAGAUGUCUGUAGCUUUACUCUGUCCAGUCAGGCUGUGAUGGGUCUAGAUUUAGACCUCAGAGAGCUCAGGUGUGUUAGGUGUGACAGGUGACACUUUGUACAGCUGUGAGUCAGAUUCCUGUCGACAGCACGUAUUAUAAUAUUUACUGAAACUAAACAGUAAAAUAAACGUUUCCAAAUUGACACUGCCUGUAGGGGGCGCCACAGCGGAUCAUCUGCCUCCAUCUUUUCAUCCACUCUGAUGCGAAUCCCUCUGUCGUCUCUGCAGCUCCGCCCAUCAUCAGUGCAUCCUCCCCUCCUCCCCCAUCCUCUCCCAUCCUCCCCUCUCCCUGAGGUCACCUCGCAGCCUGAGAGCGUUCACACCAAACCUAAAACUUUGUUAGAGUCAGUCAUUGGACAUUGAAGUUUACUGAGCACGAAGCAUCGGAUCAGUUUUCCUCACUGUGUGAAGGAAGUGUGGCAGAAGAGACAGGAACCCUGGAUCUGCUGCUGAUGUAGAGGUCCGUCCCAGGAAGCUCACAGGUAGAUGUUGUCAGCUGAAUGAAACCUCUCGCUGAACGAUCGGAUCGGUAAGGAGCGACAAGGCCUGUCUGUGUCAUGUUUCACUCUCAGGUUUGUCAUAGUUGCUGUGAUUUAAUAUGAAGGCGUGGUCUAAUCCCGGCUUGGAAUGUGCACGGCUCUGAAAGCUUUCCAGGUACGAAGCGUACGAGCUCUGGACUCUGAGCAGCGUGUUUGCUCUGCAGGUGGUGAAUGCCUGAAGUGUCACGUCACUUUUAAGCCUUUCUUUUCCUGCAGCACACCUGAAUCCGUCAGCCGAUCAGCUGACCGAAUCCGGCCCCGCAGCAUUCCUCGCCCACAUUUCCGAGGAUGUUAUGAGCUGGAUAAGCCGCUCCCGCCCUGCACACUCACCCAAACACGCCGCUGUGAAUCCCGUCAGCCUGCCGGGCUGCGGCACGAAAACGUCUUCCUGUUUAUUCCCACUGACACGCUGGUCAUCAGGCUGAAGCUCGGGCUGAGAAGGUGUGAACCUGCGCCGCACACCAACUCUGUGGAAUAAUAAACUGAAGUGAAAGCUUCGAGUGAGAGGCGCUUUCUGUCAGCUGUUCCUGCCCUUGGACCUGGAUGAUGUCACUGAGGAAGGACGAUGGGAUGGUGUGCGCUACGAGGUGAGUCCACCGUUCCUUCUCGGUUCCCCGGAUAUCCUGACGUCAGAGAUCAGGGCGGUCGGUUACCAGCCCGCUGACUGAACAUGGCUUUCUUGAUCCAGGCACGAGGGCGCUCACCUGAAAGUUGGCGGAAUCUGACCAAUCACAGUUAUGUUAGGAGAAGAAUAAAGUAUAAAACCAAGACGACUCAGAGGUCAGUGUCAGCAGCUCUGCAUCAGUGUGUGUGUUAAUAAAGUUUGAAGCCUGGACAGGAAACCAUCCAUCAUUCAGGCAUUUUAUCAAAUAAAUGUCUGUAAACUCAGUAACUGUUAAAAACGCGGCACGUGUGCGUGUGAGGGCCGAAUCGCAUGUUAAAGGUUAUGAAACAGAAACUGAACCCAAAACGAAUCGCAUCAAAGUUGUGACUGAGAAUGAACAUUUGUCACUCGGAGUCACACAGACUUCAGACCUGCUGCUGUCGACGCUCUGAGGGAUCCUUAGGAACGGGGACGUUGUUUUCCUGAGAUCUGAUUGGGUGGGGAUUUCAUACCUGCUGAUCGCUAAUCUGGAGCAGGUUCGGUUCACAGCAUCAGUUUAUUUUUUUUAACCCCCUUCACAGAAACCUGGAGUUACCGGGGUUACCUGGAUCAGGUGAAGUCCUGCUAUGUGCUGCAGACCUCAGAUCUGACUCUCUGUUUCUAAACGUAUCCCCCUUACUGUCAGCCUGCUGCUCCUUGUCACCCCACCCGGCCUGCCGUGUUUGCACUGCCCUCUAGUGACGUCUGGAAGGGGGCGGGGUUAAAGCAGCUUCUUUCACACACAGGAUGAAGCAGUAUCAGAUACAGAAGGAUUAUUCUGAACUGCGAGUCAGGCAAAGCUGCUCUGUUAGAGUCUGGAUGUGCAGUUCACUCACAAUACAGGAUAAAGUCUUUAUGUUUGGGGUGGUGUUCACUUCCUGUCAGGGUCAGAGGUCAGAGAGAACCUAAAUGUAAACCCUGUUUGUUCUCAGAGAAUCUGAGUGAUCCCUGUGAGGAGGAGGAUGAGCAGGAGGAGGAGGACCCACAGCACUUUGUCUCCUGUGAGAGGGAAACUUCAGCCUCUGCUGCCUGAAGCUCUGCUGCAUGGACCCCACCGUGUUUCAUCAACAUGUCCUCUGAUUGGUCCUUCCCUUCAGUCUGAAGAUCUGUCAGCCAAUCAGUUUCUGUCUGGCAGACUUUGCUUCAGUGCGGCGGGGGAGAGGAGUGAGCGAGGACGCUGCAGCUGGGUGAGGAUCGGAGCUGAGGGGAUCGCAGCGUUUCGGGGUUAAAGCCGUCUCCAUCAUGGAGGUGCCCAGGAGGCUGUCCUUCCCACUGGUUCUCCCUAAACCAGCCUCGUCUGCUCGGUCUCCUCUGGGAGCUGUAGGUCAGACAGCUGGAAGCAGCAAAGAUCAAACUGGAGGGGAAAAGUUCAUCUCAGAGGAGAAGACGCCUGAGUCAGGGGUGAUUGUAGUGGUGGAGGCGCCACCUGAAGAUGGAAAAGCUGCUCGGCGAUUCUCCUCUCAGGACAGUUUCUCAGAGGAGAGCUCGUUAUCAGAGGAGAGGCUGGAAGAGGAGGCCAGAGAGACCCAGAGGAGGGCCGAGGAGGAGGAGGCAGCAGCCAAGGAGAGGGCGGCCCAGAGGCAACAACUGGCCAUCCAAGAGCUUGUGGAGUCUGAGAGGAGCUACCUGCGCCUGCUGCAGCUCAGCACCGUGACCAUCAGGAGCAACCUGCAGCAGCAGCUACAGCCGCCUCCAGCUGGACUGGACAGCAUGUUUCUGCACAUCGAGGAGGUGAUCGAUGUAUCGAGCCGUCUCCUGAGCCUGCUGGACCAGAAGCAGCUUCAGUCUGGAGAGCCUGACUUCCUGCAGAGUCUCUGUGACUCGUUUCUCAGCCUGUCAUCAGAGAUGGAAGCCGCCUAUAAGGAGUACCUGGCACACUACAAUCAUGUGACGGAGGUGGAGAAGAGCUACAAACAGAAGGAGGCUCUGUGGAACGAGGUUGUCAGAGUCAUCAAGGCUGCGGCGCCUGACGUCAACGCCACGUCGCUGAGCUUCUUUUUGGUGAUGCCCGUGCAGCGGAUUGCCCGCUACCCCCUGCUGCUGCAGACCAUCCAGAAGCACACCGACGCCUCCCACCCGGCCUACGCCCUGCUGGAGCAGACCGCUCACACCUCUGUCGCCUUAAACUGUCGUAUCAACGAAUACAAGCGCUUCCGGGAAGUCGCUGACAAAUACAGGAAGACGGAAAUGCUGACCAUCAAGGACAAGAUCGUCCGCCUCAACACCCACAGCAUUGCCAAGAAGACCGCCAGGCUCGGUCAGCAGAUCAAACACGAGGCCGGACUCAAACCUAAGCUGGUGGACGAGGAAUUUGAUGCCCUGGAAGGAUUCUUCUAUGUUUUGGAAAACGGCAUCCUGGAGCUGCUGGAGAACGUGGAGAUGUACCUGCAGCACCUCCAGGGCUUCCUGUCCUGCCGCACAGAGGACUUUGACUUGGACAUGGAUGGAGAAAAGGCACCGAUCUGCUACAAAGAGAUCACGACGGCGCUCCAACAGUGGAUCCUCCCGAUGUUUGAGAAGAGGAUGAGGAAGCUGAUCCACCAGCCGCUCUGCGCUCUCCGGGACCUCCUGGUGGGCCCGAGGAACCUAAUCAGGAAGAGACUCGACAAGCUGCUCGACUACGAGGUGAUUGAAGGAAAACCCAACUUGAGCUACGAGGAGCAGGCUGUGGCCAACACGUACAGGACGUUGAACACACUGCUCCUGACGGAGCUCCCUCAGUUUAACGGGCUGGCUCUGCAGAUGAUGUGGAGCACGUUGGGGACGUUCAGCUGUCUGCACAGAGAUCUCGCAGCAGACAUGGAGCAGCUGUUUCACAGCUUCGCUCAGCAGCUCCCUCACAGCAGCCUUUCUCCUGGUGCAUUCUGGGAGUGGGCAGAGUCUUCGGUGCUGGAAGGAGCGAGGAGGCUGCAGCAUUUAUGUCGAAUGGUGGAGGACAAGCUCAACGCGCCAGAUGCCCAGCCUCUCAGCCCGUCCUCUCAGCGCCGUCUGAAGCAGCUAACGGAUAAGCACGGCUCUGGAAAGAUCUUCCAGGUGAUGAGCACGGUCAUGGGCACCCGGGACCUGGACCUGAACUUGACUAAGGGCGAGCUGGUGGCAGUGAUCAGCGAGGCCGACAGCUGUGGAGACAGAAGGAGGUGGCUGGUCGAUGCAGGAGGGAAGCGAGGCUACGCUGCUGCCUCGAAACUCAUUCGCUAUCACCAGCCAACAGACGACCCGCCCCCUUCACCACACCCGAACCUGACAGAAGACGUGACCGCACGCAGAAGACACUCCUACAGCCCGGCGGGCAAUGCCCCACUGCCCAUGAGUCAGCCCUGCUUCCAGGUUGUGGGCGCCUACGACUUCACGGCUAGAUCCAAACACGAAGUUUCCUUCCGGGCCGGAGAACCCGUUCGUAUCCUGGAGCCUCACGACAAACGAGGGAGCCCCGAGUGGAGCCUGGUGGAGGUCAGAGGAGGUCAGAGAGGCUACGUGCCCUCCAACUACCUGGCAAUCAUGCCCGUGGGAGCGGGGCUGCCCCCGAACCCCGGCUUCUUCCUUUAGGGGGGGAAACUGCAGCUGGUGCAGAUGAGAGGAUGGAUGGAAGAGCCUCCCGGGAUCAGCUGUUUACAGUCUCAGUGUUAAUCCUGCCACUUUAUCUACUUUACGAAUGGAAGUGUAAAGUUUCUCCUGUGGCGUUUCCUGCUUCCACUUCCUGUGCAGCGUGCACAGGAUCGAAGCUUCAGGAGCAGCAAAUGAAGUUUACUGACUUUAGCUUUAAUAAUGAAGGUUUACUGGUCUGCAGUGAUCUCUGCACUAACAUGCACAAUCAUCCAAGAACGCUCUUCAAAGAUGGCGUCUGUAACGCCAUGAAGCUCUGACGGCGUGUCACCUCAAACAGCCUGAACAUUUGGACGAUGUUCGGUGUGCGGCGAGGACACAAAGCUGUUUUUAAGAUGAAGGACGAUUUUCAUGGCUGCUGUACGGUGAAGCGCUCAUUUCCCAUGAACCUCAGAGUGAUGCUGCAUACAUGCAGGAUGUGAGCUCUCUCAAGCUAACUGUAACGUGUGUGUGUGUGUGUGUGUGUGUGUGUGUGUGUGUGUGUGUGUGAACCCUCUUCACCUGCAGCAGCGCUGACAGGUACACGGCGCUCUCAUCAUCUCAGACUGAGUAAUGUGAUGUAAAUGUGAAACGUCUCCGAGGCCGAGGAAGAACAAGACUCAGCAGGAGGAGGAGCUGGGAGAGGGGCGAAGGACAGCGGCAGUUUCUGCUUUGCCUAUGAGCGGAUUUAAAUUUCGUUGUACUUUGAUUCCAGAGUUUUACGUAGGAGUGAAAUGGGUCAGGACAGAAUAACCUCCUCCUGCAUUCACAUUCACCUGACGAUGCUUGUUGCUAUGGAUACGGCUCAGGCAGUGCGGGUCACGUCUGUGGCAUUUGCUCGGCCGGACUAAAGCUGCAGCAGCAUUUCUUGAUUCCCGCACUUUUGGGUCAGAAUCAUUUGAAAGCAUCUCUGAGCCUCCUGAUUGGCUCUUAGGUCAUAAACAGGAAGCUGAGCUCCAGUAGUUUUGCAGCUAACAACAGCUUGAAUGUUUGAGCACCACAGACUUUCUCCUGGCCUCCUCCUGUGGGGCUGAGUAGCCUCAGCUGCUGUGAGCGUGGAGCAGAGCAGAGGGAGGCCGAGAGUCAGAGCUGCUCAGCUGUUCCCAUCAGGCUGAAUGUCAGAAGGAGGAGGAGGAGGAUGCUUCUCUCCUAAAAUACCAGAUGUCCUCAGGGUUAGUCAGAUGGACUGAAACCUCAGCCUGAGAACAUUUACCUGAUUUCCCCUCCUCAGAGCCCGGUUUAGGAUGAGGGGAGCGGUUCAUUCCUCAGUUACUUUGGGAAGUUUUAAUUCCACAGACGUGCAGAUGAAGCUGCAGCGUUCCUUAUGUGGAGGAAGUAGAUAUUUGAACCCAUACGCACACGGAAACCACAGAGGGAACAUUUCUGGUCAGCAUCUUCCUCGCAUGCUGUUCUCAUUUUCACCACCAGAGGGAGGCAGAGACUCGGAGCGUGUGUGCAUGAUCAGACUAACUGUGUGUGUGUAUGCGUGUUUGGUAAUCGUGGCCACAGUGUGUACUUCCUGUUUUGUUUCUGUGUGGUUUCACGAACCUGCUGCUCAGUCGGUCCUGCUGAGUCAUUCUGUUUCCUCGAUGCUGCAGAGCUGCGUGACCUCUGCUGAGCUGCCACAGUUGUGAUAUUGAACUCAGUCACACAGCAGGUGGGAGGCUGAGCAGCAGCAGAGAGUGUGGCUUCAAUAAAACUAAACUCAAAACUUUUUUGUGGCGUUGCAUCAUUUCAUAAUCAGAUGUUAGUUGUGAGAAGAAGCACCUGAAUAUUUGUGAUGAUUUACGAAGCUGUGGGGUCCACACCCACUCAGCCCCUUUUACAGUUAAACAUCUGGAGACACAGCUGUUCUUGUUCAUGCAUCAUCAUCAUCAUCAGUGUGCACAUUUGCACACAGCCUACAAGUUUUCGCUAUCUACUGAAUAACAAGCUGAAAGAGGAAGCUGCAGUUCCUCUGGUGUCCAGCAGAGGCAGCAGUCCCCAUACACAGCCUGAUACAGGAACAGCAUUGGUCUCCAUAGAUAAUUUACUCAUUCAUAACAGCUGUCUCAACCCUGUGUUGUACAGAAUACAGAUAAGAGGAAAAAGAAAAGUC